AUGUCUCAGACAAACCAUAACACCACGUACGCCUCCAUCUCGCCAUCUCGGCCGGAGCUCUCUACGUCCGGCAAGGUGGUGCUGGUGACGGGAGCUGGCAGUGGCAUCGGGAAAGCCGCAGCUGUGUCAUUUGCUGCUUCAGCCGCAAAUGCUGUCGUCUUGCUUGGUCGCAGCGAAACGAAACUCAAAGCCGCAGCCGACGAGAUUAGUGGCCAAUCCUCAACAAAGGUGCUCAUAUUUGCUGUCGACGUCCUUGAUGCUGUAGCUGUGAAAGAGGCCAUGGCGUCUGUCAAGGCAGCGGUUGGGGCUAUCGAUAUCUUGGUCCAUGCGGCAGCGAUUUUGCCCCCCUUAGGGCCUUUGGCUACAACAAGCGUCGAUGGCAUCUGGGAAGCGUUUGAGAUAAAUGUUAAGGGCACAAUGAUCAUUGCUCAGACAAUGCUAUCAUACUGCAGCGACAAGCCUGUCUUUGUGUCUCUUAAUACAGCCGGUGUCAUUAUGGGACCCCUGCCUAAUAUGGGCGCCUAUGUGAGCAGCAAGCUGCCUUUGGUGAAGCUCAUGGAGUACUUUGCUGCCGAAAAUCCUUCGUUGAGAGUCAUGAACGUUCAUCCAGGCCUCAUCAAGACAGAUGCGGCGGACAUUAUUGAGAAGACGGGGCUGGUGUUCCCAUAUGAUGAUAUCUCUCUUCCAGCCGACUUCAUUGUCUGGGCUGCAAGUGAAGAGGCUGCGUUCCUGAAGGGAAAGUUCAUAUUCGCGAACUGGGAUGUUGACGAGCUCAAGGCAAGGCGAGAGGAACUCCUGAACUCCCCUGAUUUUACAAUGGGUUUACGUGGUUUCCCACCUGCUACAGCAUAA